UCGGUGCGAUACCUAAUAGCAACAUUCUUUCGUUUCAUUCAUACUUCGCCAGUUGCUUGGUGUACUCCUGCGUUCCUUUUAACCGUCAUUGACUUCGUUUAAAAUCAUUUUUUUUUCUCAUUGUUCACAACGAUUAUUUUUCUUGACCGUUCUACAACACGAUGGAGUUUAUAGUAAGAAUAUUAAUUUUAGUAGGAAUUACAUUCUCUUCCUGGGUUGAAACCUUGAACAACGAAGCUAUAAAUACAAUCGACUUAAGUGACCAGAUGAGACUAAGUGGCCUAUAUUGUCCUUCAAUGACAUUAAAGAAAAAAUAUAAGCUUAUUAUGAUAUACCAAGGAGUAGAGCUGUACGGAUGCGCCUCCAUGAACCACAACAGGUAUCUUAGCGAUUCACCGUUGAUUCAUUUUUGGCUUCAACUUCCCCCGAAUCCAAACGCCGAACCUACAUAUUGCCAGAACACGUGUAAUAUGUUCCCUUACAUUUACGAAUGUAUGUCAAAAAGUGAACCGACCAAUAAGAAUGAGAUUGACAAAGGUCUAAAGUAUAUGUCGCUAUACCAAUACUCACCAAAGUAUAAACAAGCCAAUACUAGUGCCAUACCAGCCUACACAUGUGUUGUGUUUGUCACUGAGAAAUACAAAGACCAUGGGAUUAUGACAAUUCGGAUGGCAGUUAGCCCUGGGAGAGCAAACAGUUUUGAUGUAAAACAGUGUGAAGGUCUAUCAAAUGUGUUGACAAAUAAAGGUGAUAUAUAUGACCAUGAGACGCAAAAAAAAUGGCCCAAAGGAGCAACAUAUAUAUUUAUAAUGGGAGACCUCGAGCCAGACAAGUAAACUUAAUAUUAAUAUUUCAUAUCAUAGCUAUCAAAAUGUAAUAUUUUAAAAAUUGUUUAUAACAAAAUAAUUGUAGUUGGAAAACUUUCAUAAUUUGACGAACUUUAUACAAUUUUAUACUAUAAUACUAUAGAUUCAUAUAAAAAAAUUGUACUUAUGUAUUUUU